GGUCGAAUAUCAGGUGGUAGCAUGGCUAUUCUAGAUGAAUUUGAAUUACAAGAUUUUUUUCAAUUUUAUAAUUUAAAAAAUAUUAUCAACCAAAGAGAAGCCUUUGGUUAUGAAUCAUUUCCUG